AUGGGCACAGUGGUAAGAACCAGGUCUGGGGUCCUGGUCUGCGUGGCCUGUCUGCUCCUGGCAUUCUCUGCUACAGCCACUGGGCCGGGGGUCACUCAGCCUGAAGUGGACACACCCCUGGGCCGUGUGCGAGGCCGGCAGGUGGGCGUGAAGGGCACAGACCGUCUUGUGAACGUCUUCUUGGGCAUUCCAUUCGCCCAGCCGCCCCUGGGGCCCCACCGGUUCUCGGCCCCGCGCCCAGCGAAGUCUUGGGAGGGCGUGCGAGAUGCCAGCAGGGCCCACGCCAUCUGUCCGCAGGAUCUGGAGAGAAUGAACAACAGCAGAUUUACGCUGGACGGAAAGCACCAGACCUUCCCCAUUUCGGAGGACUGCCUGAUCCUCAACAUCUACAGCCCGGCUGAGGCCCCCUCGGGGGCAGGAAGGCCGGUCAUGGUGUGGUUCCACGGGGGCUCUCUCGUGACUGGCACUGCCACCUCCCACGAUGGGUCCGCCCUGGCCGCCUACGGGGACGUGGUCGUGGUCACAGUCCAGUACCGCCUGGGCUUCCUUGGCUUUUUCAGCACUGGGGAUAAGCACGCUCCUGGCAACUGGGGAUUCCUUGACGCCGUGGCUGCUCUGCGCUGGGUGCAGGGGAAUAUCACUCCCUUUGGGGGUGACUUCAACUCUGUCACCAUCUUUGGUGGAUCCAGUGGGGCCUGUAUUGUCUCUGCCCUGGUCCUGUCCCCGCUGGCUGCGGGGCUGUUCCACAGAGCUAUAGCACAGAGUGGAGUCAUCACCCUACCGACUUUUCUGGAUACUGACCCCUGGCUCCUGGCUCAGACCCUCGCAGACUCCUUGGACUGCAACUCUGACUCCUCGGCUGAGAUGGUGCAGUGCCUUCGGCAGAAGACAAGCAAGGAGCUAAUCCUUGCCUACAAGCCAAUAAAAAUAGCUAGGUACAACAUCGAUGGCACCUUCUUUCACAAGAGCCCUGAGGAGCUCCUGAGGGAGAGGCAGUUCCACUCUGUGCCCUUCCUCUUCGGAGUCAACAACCACGAGUUUGGCUGGCUCAUCCCCAGGGGCUGGGGUUUCCUGGAGAAGAUGGAUCAACUGAGCCUGGAGGACAUGCUGGCCAUCCUGAGGCCCUUCUUGACCAAUAUGGAUGUGCUCACUGAGGUUAUGCCCACCAUCAUAAAGGAAUACCUAGGCAGCAGCUCAGAUGGACAAGCCAAGCGAGAAGGCUUCCAGGAAUUGCUAAGUGACAUUAUCAUAACCUUACCCAUGUUGCAAUUUGUGAGAGACCUCCAAGAUUCUGGGGUCUCCAUCUUUUCCUAUGAGUUCCAGCAUCGACCCAGUUCUUUUGUAAAGAUCAAGCCAGCCUGGGUGCGGGCUGAUCAUGCGGCUGAGUUGACCUUCAUGUUCGGCGGUCCUUUCCUCACGGAUGAGAGCUCCAUGUUGGCCUUUCCAGAAGCCACGGAGGAGGAGCAGCAACUGAGCCUCACCAUGAUGGCCCAGUGGGCCAACUUUGCCUGGACAGGGGACCCCAAUGGCAAGGGGCUGCCUCUUUGGCCCCCAUUCAACCAUGCAGAGGAAUACCUGGAAAUCAACCUGGUGCCACGGGUCAACCAGAAGCCAACCCGAAUGCAGCUCUGGGCAGAGAUACUGCCCACCAAGUUUGGGCGGUGGCAGCAUAAGCAGAAGGGCAGGAAGGCCCAGGAGGAACUCUGA